AUGUCUAUUGUCUCAACUGCUGCGUUGCCCGUGAAUAGCAAAUUCACCCACCAACCGCUUCCCGAGAAAUACUCUCUCGACGAUCUAGUGCACGAUAUCAAAACCUACCUCGGCCACUCAAGCGGAAUCUCCUCGUCCGAUGUUGACUCGGAAUACCUGAUCUCACUAGUGCGCAAGUACGAAGGUAGCGACGGGGACUGGACGAGGUUCUAUCACAACGAUCCGCAGAAAAACUAUACGCGAAACGCCAUCGAGAACAUCAACCGCAAAGCAAACAUUCUCCUCCUCGUCUGGAACCCACAAAAAGGCUCACCGAUCCACGACCAUGCCAAUGCCCACUGCAUCAUGAAAGUGUUGGCAGGGAAUCUGCGAGAGACCGUUUACCGCACUCCUGAUCAGGGCGCGGAGGGCUCUGCGCCCCUGCAAGUGCUGUCAGAGACAGAUCAUGCCCCAAACGAUGUCACCUAUAUCGCCGACGAUAUCGGUCUUCACCGUGUGCACAAUCCACAUCCUACCAAUGUGGCUGUUUCCUUACAUUUAUACACGCCGCCAAAUGCAGCUGACUACGGCUAUCACGUAUUCGACGGAGCGACGGGCAAGUCCAGCUAUGUACCGCAGGCCCGGGCAUAUUUGGCCUCGAACAAAGAGGAGACAAAGUGA